AAGUGGGCGGGGAAAGGCGCGAGAGCGAGCGCGAGAGGGAAAAGGAGGGAGGGGGUGGGGAAGAGGGAAUCUUAUAUCACGUGACAGGGGCGGCGCGGCCCGGGGUGUCAGUGUGGAGGAGACUGAGGUAAAGUUGGGAGCGCAGCGGCGUUGGCGGCGGCGGCGGCGGCAGCGGCAGCGCGGCGGGGCCGGUAUUCUACCUUGUAAAUACUGUUAUUUGUAUAUACUGUAAAUGAUGACGUCGGUGGGCACUAACCGAGCCCGGGGAAACUGGGAACAACCUCAAAACCAAAACCAGACACAGCACAAGCAGCGGCCACAGGCCACUGCAGAACAAAUUAGACUUGCACAGAUGAUUUCGGACCAUAAUGAUGCUGACUUUGAGGAGAAGGUGAAACAAUUGAUUGAUAUUACAGGAAAGAACCAGGAUGAAUGUGUGAUUGCUUUGCAUGACUGCAAUGGAGAUGUCAACAGAGCCAUCAAUGUUCUUCUGGAAGGAAACCCAGACACGCAUUCCUGGGAGAUGGUCGGGAAGAAGAAGGGAGUCUCAGGCCAGAAGGAUGGUGGCCAGACGGAAUCCAACGAGGAAGGCAAAGAAAAUCGAGACCGGGACAGAGACUAUAGUCGGCGACGUGGUGGGCCACCAAGACGGGGGAGAGGUGCCAGCCGUGGACGAGAGUUUCGAGGUCAGGAAAAUGGAUUGGAUGGCACCAAGAGUGGAGGGCCUUCUGGAAGAGGAACAGAAAGAGGCAGAAGGGGCCGUGGCCGAGGCAGAGGUGGCUCUGGUAGGCGAGGAGGAAGGUUUUCUGCUCAAGGAAUGGGAACCUUUAACCCAGCUGAUUAUGCAGAACCAGCCAAUACUGAUGAUAACUAUGGCAAUAGUAGCGGCAAUACGUGGAACAACACUGGCCACUUUGAACCAGAUGAUGGGACGAGUGCAUGGAGGACUGCAACAGAGGAGUGGGGGACUGAAGACUGGAAUGAAGAUCUUUCUGAGACCAAGAUCUUCACUGCCUCUAACGUGUCUUCAGUGCCUCUGCCUGCGGAGAAUGUGACAAUCACUGCUGGUCAGAGAAUUGACCUUGCUGUUCUGCUGGGGAAGACACCAUCUACAAUGGAGAAUGAUUCAUCUAAUCUGGAUCCGUCUCAGGCUCCUUCUCUGGCCCAGCCUCUGGUGUUCAGUAAUUCGAAGCAGACUGCCAUAUCACAGCCUGCUUCAGGGAACACAUUUUCUCAUCACAGUAUGGUGAGCAUGUUAGGGAAAGGAUUUGGUGAUGUCGGUGAAGCUAAAGGCGGCAGUACUACGGGCUCCCAGUUCUUGGAGCAAUUCAAGACUGCCCAAGCCCUGGCUCAGUUGGCAGCUCAGCAUUCUCAGUCUGGAAGCACCACCACCUCCUCUUGGGACAUGGGCUCAACGACACAAUCCCCAUCACUGGUGCAGUAUGAUUUGAAGAACCCAAGUGAUUCAACAGUGCACAGCCCCUUUACAAAGCGCCAGGCUUUUACCCCAUCUUCAACCAUGAUGGAGGUGUUCCUUCAGGAGAAGUCACCUGCAGUGGCUACCUCCACAGCUGCACCUCCACCUCCGUCUUCUCCUCUGCCAAGCAAAUCCACGUCGGCUCCACAGAUGUCGCCUGGAUCUUCAGACAACCAGUCCUCUAGCCCUCAGCCGGCUCAGCAGAAACUGAAACAGCAGAAGAAAAAAGCCUCCUUGACUUCUAAGAUUCCUGCUCUGGCUGUGGAGAUGCCUGGCUCAGCAGAUAUCUCAGGGCUAAACCUGCAGUUUGGGGCAUUGCAGUUUGGGUCAGAGCCUGUCCUUUCUGAUUAUGAGUCCACCCCCACCACGAGCGCCUCUUCAAGCCAGGCUCCAAGCAGCCUGUAUACCAGCACGGCCAGUGAAUCUUCCUCUACAAUUUCAUCUAACCAGAGUCAGGAGUCUGGUUAUCAGAGCGGCCCAAUUCAGUCGACAACCUAUACCUCCCAAAAUAAUGCUCAGGGCCCUCUUUAUGAACAGAGAUCCACACAGACUCGGCGGUACCCCAGCUCCAUCUCUUCAUCACCCCAAAAGGACCUGACUCAGGCAAAGAAUGGCUUCAGUUCUGUGCAGGCCACGCAGUUACAGACCACACAAUCUGUUGAAGGUGCUACCGGCUCUGCAGUGAAAUCUGAUUCACCUUCCACUUCUAGCAUCCCCCCUCUCAAUGAAACGGUAUCUGCAGCUUCCUUACUGACGACAACCAAUCAGCAUUCAUCCUCCUUGGGUGGCUUGAGCCACAGUGAGGAGAUUCCAAAUACUACCACCACACAACACAGCAGCACGUUAUCUACACAGCAGAAUACCCUUUCAUCAUCAACAUCUUCUGGGCGCACUUCGACAUCCACUCUUUUGCACACAAGUGUGGAGAGUGAGGCGAAUCUCCAUUCUUCCUCCAGCACUUUUUCCACCACAUCCAGCACAGUCUCUGCACCUCCCCCAGUGGUCAGUGUCUCCUCCAGUCUCAAUAGUGGCAGUAGCCUGGGCCUCAGCCUAGGCAGCAACUCCACUGUCACAGCCUCGACUCGAAGCUCAGUUGCUACGACUUCAGGAAAAGCUCCUCCCAACCUCCCUCCUGGGGUCCCGCCGUUGUUGCCUAAUCCGUAUAUUAUGGCUCCAGGGCUGUUACAUGCCUACCCGCCACAAGUAUAUGGUUAUGAUGACUUACAGAUGCUUCAGACAAGAUUUCCAUUGGAUUACUACAGCAUCCCAUUUCCCACACCCACUACUCCGUUGACUGGGAGGGAUGGUAGCCUGGCCAGCAACCCUUAUUCUGGUGACCUCACAAAGUUCGGCCGUGGGGAUGCCUCCUCCCCAGCCCCGGCCACAACCUUGGCCCAACCCCAACAGAACCAGACGCAGACUCACCAUACCACGCAGCAGACAUUCCUGAACCCGGCGCUGCCUCCUGGCUACAGUUACACCAGCCUGCCAUACUAUACAGGGGUCCCGGGCCUCCCCAGCACCUUCCAGUAUGGGCCUGCUGUGUUCCCUGUGGCUCCUACCUCUUCCAAGCAGCAUGGUGUGAAUGUCAGUGUGAAUGCAUCGGCCACCCCUUUCCAACAGCCGAGUGGAUAUGGGUCUCAUGGAUACAACACUGGUGUUUCAGUCACCUCCAGUAACACGGGCGUGCCAGAUAUCUCGGGUUCUGUGUACUCCAAAACCCAGUCCUUUGAGAAACAAGGUUUUCAUUCCGGUACUCCUGCUGCUUCCUUCAACUUGCCUUCAGCCCUAGGAAGUGGGGGCCCCAUCAAUCCGGCCACAGCUGCUGCCUACCCACCUGCCCCCUUUAUGCACAUUCUGACCCCCCAUCAGCAGCCGCACUCUCAGAUCCUUCACCAUCACCUGCAGCAGGAUGGCCAGCUACCAUAUUUGCAGAUGAUUCUCUGUUGCCAGCGCCAGCAGGAGGAGCAGACGGGCAGCGGGCAACGUAGCCAGACCAGCUCCAUCCCGCAGAAGCCCCAGACCAACAAGUCUGCCUACAACAGCUACAGCUGGGGGGCCAACUGAGGCUCUGACCCUCUUCUCCCGGUCCCAUCUUCUGAGAGGGCUUCUCAGCCUGGAAACUAUGGAAACAACAUCAAAGAGAAAGGAAUGUGGGGGGUUUCCGCUGCCCCCCACCCCCAGCGGCCCACCCCAUGCCUCAGCUUCAUGUCUGUCCCAUUCCUAUACCAUCCCCACCCUGUUGUAUGUAUUAUAGGAUUUGUAUUUUCUCCUUUUUUUCCCCCCUUCCAUUCCUUCUCCCCUCUUGCAUUCAAGAUUAUGAAACUUUGCUAUGGGCCCUGCCCUUCCUUUGCUUCCUCCUGUUCACCCUGGUGGUGUACGGAUGAGGUGGGGAGGUGGGACUCCCAAAUAUAUAUCAGCCCAACAGCCCUAAGUCUCCUCCUUUAUUAUUAGGAAAACAACAACAACAAACAAAAAAAAAAAAUGGCGUCAUGAAUAUGAACAGCAUUGUCAGAUGAAUUAGUUGAAGUGUUUUUUUUUUUUUUUUUUUUUUGUACUGUGUCCUCAAAUUUAAUGGAUUAAUGUGUCUUGUAUAUAUAAAAAGAAAACCUCUACCUUCA